CAGUUGAUCUCGAUGAGCAUGUCGCCAUCGCGCUGCACCUUGCGAAUUGCAUUGCCACCCGGCACGAUCUUGCAUGGCAGGUGCGCCCUUCUCACAGCCUCGAUGGCCAUCUCUGCUGCGUUUGUGGGAACGCGGCCCCACGCGGCUCCACACGCGGGGAAGCCCCCCGUCCCGCGCCACAGGAUAUAUAGGGCAACGGUGUGUGCCGGUUGACCCUCACCCCCAAAGCAACAGCCAUGACCAAAGCCCAGAUCCUCAACGCAAAGAGCGUGGCCGUCGAUGGCCGUCUCGAGAAUGUGCGCACGAGGCACGUCCAGCUCAAGGCGCUCCACGACGCGGUGCAGACACGCAGCGAGGAAAUCCUGGCCGCCGUCGCGCGCCAAUCUCCCAAGCUGGGCGAUGCCACCGACGUGCUGCGGGUCUCGAUGGCUGCUACGCUCCGGUCCAUGCGGAUCCUUGCAAGCAGGCUCGAUCAGAAAGAGAGCCUCAAACAUCAGCGGACGCUGCAAAAGAACCGAAAGAAUGCGCUCACCCACACGCUUCAGGUCCCCAAGGGCCUGGUGGGCAUCGUGGCGCUGGACGUGGCAUCCAAGCCCGUCGAUGCUCUCUUCGGCCCCCUGGCUGGGGCCAUCGCAGCAGGCUGCCCCGCUGUGCUCUUUCUCCAGCGGGGCCCGCUUGCCGCGCUCCUCAAGGACAUCUUCAAAACGGCGCUGGAUCGCGAUGCGUACGUGGUGCAGGAGGUCGAAUCGCCGGGCGAAGCUGCCGAGUUGUCGAACAGCUGCGACGAAGUGAUCGAUCUCCGGCCCAAGGAGUCGUCCGAGGAUGUCGUCGUGGUAGACAAGACCUUGGUCGACGAGCGCCUCUACCGGAACGUGUCCUACCGACAAGAUUCUCCCACGCGCUUACUAGAGAAUCUGAAAAAGGCGGCCCAAGCCAUCGAGGAGGCACACGGCAUGUCUACCCGAGCGUCGCCUUCCGUGCAUCGCGUCCUCGUAUCAGAGGAGAUCUCAGCAGUCUUUCAGGGCCUCUUGUCGUCCCCCCUGACCGUGUCGCCAUACACAAGCACAGAGCACCUGAUGCGGGAGCUCGAACGUCGACGAGGCACACGGCGCCUACCUUGCCACGUAUGCUCCUUGUCAGCUCCUGACGAUCAACUGCAUCCCUCUGGACCUCCUUGUGACCAACUUGCCCGCUCAAGCUGGUGUCAGCUUCAGCGAGGCAGCGGCAAAGGGCCGAGACGACGGCGGAUUCGUACUGGACCCCAUCUGGUCGCCCAGCCUCUUCAGCAGACCCAGGUCCGUUGUCGCCCGACCAGUGCGGUCUCUCAGGGCUAUCAAGAGAUCACAGGGCAGCGCUGCGAUAGCGGCCGCGCUGGUGCCAAUGAAGAGAGGAAAGGCCGACCACAUGGAGUUCUUCCCAACCGGAUUCAAGAUCACCGCCUUCCCGACCGCGCUGCUGCUCGUGAGCGGCGUGGGCUACGUGGGGUUCCAAAGCCUCAAGCAUCUCUAUCUAUUUGGCCGUAGCGUACUGCAGACCUGAGCAAGCCCUGUAGCCAGUUUUACUUGUCAUGAUCGAUUGUCCAUUCUACAAGAGCGUAAUUUAUCCAUUCUCUGAACGCGAUUUGCAGCCCCUCUUGACGUCGUGGCGUGACUCCACUCCCUGUCCCCUAUGCUCGAUCAAAUCCAAGCGUCGUCGAGGCUCUACUUUUCGUCGCGUGGUCAGGGGGCCAUCUGUCAGACGUGCGCAAGACGGCGCGGCAGGGC